CCCAGUUGUAAACCCUAAAAUUUCUUAAGGCCGCCGUUAUUUCCCCGUCGUCGAAUAUCCAUAAUUGGCAUUUUCUGAGCGCCGGGGCGUUGGGGUUCAAAUUAUUGAUUGGUCUUAGUCCUCGCUUCCUGUACCGAAAAUUAUUUGCUUCGCCUCCCCCGGAUUCUCCGCGCGAAAUCGAGUUGCAGAGUGCUUAAUAUAAUCUGCAAGCAUUCGGUCGUUCGUUCGUUAAUCUGGCCAAGUUUAUUCCAAGCCGGAAGUACGAGAUUUUUGGUCCGCUAGUGUUUGUUGAGGGAUUUUUAGGUGGUCGGUCGACUCACGCGUUUCUUCCUUGCAGUGCAAUUCUACAGUUGAAAUUCCGAAUAGAUCUAGCGUGCCAUGGUGACUCAGGAUUUUUUUGGAGUUUUUAAUUCGAGUUGUACAGAGCAUGGAAGUGAGAUUGAUGAUCCUUCGGUAUCUGCUUCCGACGCCAUGAAAUCAGAUUCCGAACCUCCAAACUCGCAGCUAACAGACGACGCGUCUGAAGCUAUAGCGGAUGGAGUAAUCGGAAGUAUGGAUGUGGAUACUUCGGCGGACACUGACUAUGAAAAAAAGCCCUACGGCAGCAGUAUCGUUCAUUCUCUUCACGUAAACGGUUCUCUAGCUGCUCCGAGUAAAAGCGGACCUCGCAACCGCGAGGAAGAUGGGGCUCUUACGAGUAGAAGAGAGUUGGGUGGUAUGUUGAUUUCUGGCCAUAAGAGACCACGAAUUGCUGUUGAUGAACACCGCCAAGCUUCCGUGCACAUAAUUUACGAUUUCUUGCCGAGAGAGAGUAAACAAAAGCUUGAAGAGCUGUUGCUGCAGUGGUCUCGAUGGCAUUCGCAGUACUGCUCAUCUUCAGAUGAUUUUAAUGCUACAGUGGAAUCUGGAGAAUCUGCCUACUUUCCGGCUCUUAGAGUCUGCUCAGAUGAGCCUUAUGACAUUUUUUUUUGGGUGGAUGGCCAGACAAAGACACAGUUGGAUAAAGAAGUUACGCCACUCGAUUUCUCAUCCGUGCCACUGUAUGACCGUGGAUGUUCUUUAGUUUUGACUUCAGCUGAUGGCUCUAGUAAAAUAGACAGAGGUGUUGAAACGUUGCAUUCAUCCCGUUGUUUCAACUGUGGAUCGUACAACCAUGGCGUGAAAGAAUGCCCCAAGCCACGCGAUAAUGUGGCUAUCCAUGAUGCCUGGGAACAGCACAAGGCCAAAAAGAAGCAACAUGCCAAUUCUAGUAAUUCAAUUCGAUAUUAUCAAAGUUCGCGAGGGGGGAAAUAUGAUGGCUUGGCACCGGGUUGUCUAGAUGCCGAUACACGCCGCGCCAUGGGUCUUGGGGCGCUCAGUCCACCUCCAUGGCUUAACAGAAUGCGCGAAAUGGGAUACCCUCAUGAUAUUUCAGUUGAAGAAGUGGAUGAUCAGCCAUCGGGGAUUACAAUUUUUGGUGAUUCGGAAAAUGAAAAUGAAAUCGAGGAUGGGAAAGUUAUCGAUGCAGGUAAAGCUAAGCCAUAUCCGAAAAUGACCGUACAAUUUCCAGGGAUAAAUGCUCCGAUACCAGAAAAUGCCGACGAGAGAGCCUGGGAAUCACUACCUCUGCCCCUGCAAGCCCCUUUGAGGCCAUGUCAAUAUAGAGAUACUUCACACUGCCUGGAUUAUAAACACUCGUCAGAAAAUUAUUGGAGCCAUCGGCACUAUGCCGAAGGAAAUUGGGACAGGGGCUCGGCAUAUGAGGUGCCUCCCCCUCCCCCUCCUGGCUGCGACUCCAUACCUAUCCCCUCACUGUGGAGGUUUAGGUUUGGAAGAUCCUACUCGGACAUUGGUAGAGUAAGCCCUCUAAUACAUAGUGAUUUUAGCCCCCCUACAUGGGAUCGUAGUCCCGCGUAUGACUAUGGAUACUCGGGACUAAGUCAACAAAGAAGCUUGAGCUACAAUAUGAUUGUGAAUGAUUUUUGGUACGGGCAAUCGCGCUGAUAAUUAAUGUA